AAUACGAAAAACGGUGACCUUUGCGAUAACGUUAGAUUUCUUGAAAUUUUCUAAAAAAUUUUUCCCAAACCAUUUUAACGCCGACACUUGUGUCAUCGCUACGGAAAGCUGUCGGCUGAGUUUGCUUUCGUGGAUUUAUAUAAAAGAUGUAAACAUGUAUAAUGACGGCAGUUGCGAUUAGGCUGCACACCGCACCACUGACCUUAGAUAAAAUUAUACUUGGACCAAGUCUGACCGUUUGUAUUUAUCGACUUAUAUAACUCGAGUCGUCCGAACCAGUCAUCGGAUUGAUUCACAAAUUCAAGUAUUAGAAUUCUUUCUACACUUCGUUGCGUUUAAACGAUUCCGUUGACCAGCUUGAAGCAAAUCAGAUCAACGAUCAUGUCGGUCAAAGGUAUGCUGACGCUUCUGGUUUUCGGCGCAGUCGCCGUCGCGGCUGAACACGUCGCAGUCGUCCGUUUAACACCCAAUAACGCGGAGAAACCCAACGUCACCGGGAUCCUGGUAUUAAGACAAGAGUCGCCCGGCUUGCCUGUCAACAUGAGUGGAACGAUAUUCGGCCUGCGCGAUGGUCUCCACGGUCUCCACGUUCACCAGGCCGGUGACCUCAGCAACGGAUGCGUUUCCGCUCUGGGUCACUUCAACCCGGACAAGCACGAUCACGGCGCUCCUGGUGACGCCGUGAGGCACGUCGGCGACCUGGGAAACAUCGAAUCGACGAACGGAGUUGCCACGGUCGAAAUAUUGGACAACGUGAUAUCGCUGAGCGGCAGAAACAGCAUCGUUGGACGCAGUAUCGUCGUUCACGAGGGUGAAGACGACCUGGGGAAAGGAAACCACUCUCUGUCCUUGAAAACCGGAAACGCCGGAGACCGUGCAGCCUGCGGCGUCAUCGGCGUCCUGUCACCGUUAGACAGCUGGAUGCCAAAUUCUGGAACAUCGUUCUUAUGGUCCAGCUACAUGUUGAUUUUGUCAGCUAGUGGAAUGGUAAUUAAGUUUUAGGGGAAAUUCAAUUCCGAUGUAAACGUAUAAUUUCUACGAGUAUUUGGAUUUUACUCGAAGAAGAAUUCUCUUAUUUAUAUUCUUGAACUGUUUAAACAAGUGCUAGUCGAGUAAAGCCACCGCAUUUUGCGCGAGGAAUCUACGUGUUGUAUUGUUAUUAUUAUACGUUCGUGAUUAGCAUCGGUAAACCGUUAUUUAUAUUGCAAAAUUAUUCACGUAUUAAAUGUGAAGGAUAACAGAAGGAGAUGAUUAUAAAGGGAAAAAGUAACCGUAGUAAUUUUUUUCCAUAGAAAAUAUUAAUUCACACAAUUUUUUUUUCUCUCAAAUUAUUUUGCUCUGUGUUCUUGUCCCGACUGUGAAACUAUGAUACAUAUUUAUCCCUGUAAAUUAAAUUCUGCGAAAAUAGCCGCGAAGUAUUCGUAUUGUAUGUAUGGUGUUAGGAAAAAUGUCAACGUUGAAAAACGCAUGUCCGAUAAGCGUCUGCGAUUUAUCGCAACGUAAACGAUGUCAAAGAAAAAAAAAAAAAAAUAGGAAAGUGAAAACAAACGACUAUCGAUUGUCGUUCGGACCAGAAAAUUCCUGAUCUACGAUGUGAGAUAUUCCAACUUUGAAAAAGAAAGUGUAUUUCAUUCCUACGUCCUUUGUUAGUUAUUAUACGGAGCAGAAACGAGGCGGUUUGAUUUUUUCGCAGCAACCGUAAAUUUGGAAAAAUAUAAUAUACUCCAAAGCUCUGUACGUACUUUAAUUAUUUUUUAUUGCAGGUAUUCAUCCUGCAAACGUGCACUGUAUUAUCAUUGUUACAUUUUUAGCUUUAAUAUUAUUACGUUUACUAUUAUAGUAUUAUUGCUGACCAGUGUUUUUUUUUUUUUUUGUAAUUUUGCAAAACGUAUUUGAAAUGUUUGUAAGACUCUGUCACAGAUUGUUAUGUAUCCCACAUGUAAUGUGGUUCUUAACUUAUUACAUACCUUCUUUGUUAUACUGUUGAUUACUCUAGUGUGGUAAUAAGAAUUGUAAAAAAAAAUAGAUUUUCGUCUCAGAAUCCUCGCUUAAAAAAUAUAAAUAUUAUAGCCCACAAAGUUAUUUGGACCAAAUAUAAUGUUAUAUACAUGUGAAGAAACGAA